GUCCGAUGGUUUAUGGUAUUUGUUAUUGCCCACUUUCUAAAUAUGAACAAGUGUCUAAAUUGGGUUUCGCUGACUCGAAAACUCUUAAAGAAAGUCAUCGAGAAUCCCAUUUUCAAUUAAUUCAAUCACAUGAGAAUAUCGCAUGGAGUGUGCGUGUAUUAUCACCUCAAGAUAUUUCAUGGAAUAUGCUAAAAAUGAAUAAAUAUAAUCUGAAUGCUCAGGCACAUGAUACCACAAUCCAAUUGAUUCAGCAGGUGUUAACUCAAGGUGUCAAUGUAACUAAG